CCACAACACCAGCCUCGAAUGGCGAGGCUGGACUUCUCAAGACUUCGACGAUUCGUGUGCAAAAUCGAGAUUCCUCCCGCCAACCCUUGGAUUCGCAAUUCGGUAGACGCAAGAUGAACAAAGAGCAGUUUCGGAAGCUCCUUAUCGCCAACGCAGCGAAGGCUUCCGGCGCGGGGCAGGAUGCUUCCACCCCGACGGGCGGCCGGCUGGGCGGCAGCACCCCUGUUGCGCUGGGAUCAAGACAAAAGUCGAGCAUGCCGAUGACGCCACGGGCAGUUACGGGUCGCGUUGAUUUCGCACGACAGCUUGCAGACAGGAACCAGGGGGACCAGCAACGGCAAAAGAAAUUUCGCACGUCGACACCGAAGGGAAGCAGGCUUGCUCAGGGCUAUACCGACCGCGCCAAAACGAGAGAGGAGGAGGAGGAGGAGGAUGAGCGCGCCGAGAGGCUCAAGAAUCUCGACGAGUCUCUAAAGAAGGAGGAGAUUGACCAGGAGACCUACGACAAGCUGAGGAGUCAGAUCGCCGGCGGUGAUCUCUCGAGUACACAUUUGGUCAAGGGUUUGGACUUCAAGUUAUUGGAGAGGAUACGAAAGGGAGAGGACGUGUUCGACGAGCCGAAGUCCAAAUCUCCCGAAGAGCAGCCUGAAUCGGAGCCAGAACAAGAUCCGGAUGAGCUGCUUGACGAACUCGAGGCGCACGAGGUCAAGCCUGUCGAGAGGGAGAAAAUCCAGAAAAAGGGCCAGUUCGCCCCCACAUCGCUAGUUCCCGGCCAGAAGCGGUCCCGGGAUCAGAUACUAGCAGAGAUGAAAGCAGCGCGAGAGGCGGCCAAGGCAAAGGAACAGUCAGCCCUUGGGACGCGUUUCAAGAAGAUCGGCGAGCGGAAGAUGCCUGGGACACGCAUUGAACGAGACGGCAAGGGUAGGGAGGUGCUGAUUAUUGUUGACGAGGACGGGAACGAGAGGAGGAAGGUGAGGAAGAUCGGCCGAGACGCACCUAAGGAGGAUGAGAAGGAGGCUUUUAAGCCUGACAAGAACGGUGAAAUACUUGGCAUGGAAGUGCCUGAGUUCUACAAGCAACAGCAGCUCGCGAAAGCAAAGGAGGAGGAGGAGAAGGAAGUCAACAUAUUUGACGAUGCGGGCUCCGACUACGAUCCACUGAGUGGCUUAAAUGGGUCCGAUGACGAGGAGUCAUCUGAGGAGGGAGAGGAGCGAGAGGAGGCUGACAGGAAGCCCGACUCGUCGACCGAUAGAGAAUCGGCUGGCGCGAAGCGCAAAGAAUCCCCACCUCCAGCUCAAAAGCCCCAACCUCCGUCAGGACCUCGGAAUUACUUCAAGGACACUCUGUUGUCUGCCGAACCAUCCAGAGCGCCUUUCCUGUCUGAUCCAACCAUCCUGGCUGCAUUGAAGAAAGCCAGGGCGCUUGAUAAGCAGGCAAGGUCGGAGGAGGAUAUCAAGGUGGCAGAGAGGGAAGCCCGUCUCAAGAAGAUGCUUGCAAACAGCAGCCGAGACGACGAGGAUUUGGACAUGGGCUUCGGUACGAACAGGCUCGAGGACGAGGCUGACCAGGAUGAAACCGAAAUCAAGCUAUCCAGUUGGGGGGGUGAAGACGAUGACGGCGGAAAUGGAGGUGGCGGCAAAUCAAAACGGAAGAGAGGACCGAAGAAGCGAAAGGGGGAUAAGAACAGCUUUUCUGACGUGAUGAGCGUGAUGAAGAGCAGGAAGGGCGGUCUGGCAUUAUCCCUGUCUCGAGCAACGACAUGGCCGAACCAAAAAUUCCUGUCUGGCUGGAUUGCGAUCCUGGCCACGAUAGUUCGGGGCCGGGCGUCCAUGGAUGUGUUCGCGAUCCUCCUAGCGUGUUACCACCCGGGUAUCAAGCUGCUAGGCAUAUCGACAAUAUUCGGAAAUUCGUCACUUGAGAAGACGACCUUGAACGCGACGUCGGUGCUCACAGCCAUCGGCAAAGACAAGGAGAUACCCAUCUACGUCGGCGCCUCUCACGCAUUGAGCCGGCCCGUUUUGCAUGCCCCAACUGACAUUCACGGCGAGUCCGGUCUUGAUGGCAGCGACCUGCUACCAAGGCCGCUAACCCCUGCCAAUACCACCGUCCCAGCCGUGGAGGCCAUCGCAGGCGCGCUCAAGGCGGAGGCACCCGGCACGGCCUGGCUUGUGGCCACGGGGGCCUUCACCAACGCGGCGACGCUGUUCGUCGCGCACCCAGAGCUGGUAGGGCACAUCAAGGGCCUCUCGCUGAUGGGGGGCGCCAUCGGCGGCGGGUUCACGCAAGCGCCUAUGGGUCAGGUGAACGGGGUGCCGCGGACGGGUAACUGGACCCAGUUUGCAGAGUUCAACAUCCUGGCCGACCCGGAGGCCGCGGCGUGGAUCUUCUCCAAUGCCGCCCUCGCCGCCAAGACGACGCUGGUGCCCCUCGACGUGACUCACCUGGUGCUGGCCACCGAAGACGUCCAAGCGAUGCUUCUGUGGGGCAAGGAUGGCGUCCAGGCAGGCCCGGCAAGGACGACGCUGAGGCAGAUGCUGGUCGAGUUAUUGUUGUUCUUUGCCAAGACGUACAACGACGUCUUCGGGAUCACCGAAGGUCCGCCGCUGCACGAUCCUCUCGCGGUUGCUGCCGUCCUGACAGGGGCUGGAGAUUACGAGAUUCCGUUGUACGAUUUCAAUCCCCAGUCAGAGCCCAGCUCGAGGCUGCCUGAGCGAUACGAAGUGACGGUGGUCACAGAAGGAUCCUACGAAGAUGCCCAGGCCGGAGCACAAACCGGCCGUACUGUGGUAAGACUUCUUGAACCCGGUGAGGCGGGAGUUCGGAUACCGAGGGGCCUGGACAUUCCCUUGUUUUGGAAGGUCAUCGAGGAAUGCGUUGAGAGGGCGGAUGCCGUGGUUUCGAAGCCUCUAUGAGGGCGGGUGGUCCUGUGACGGUAGGAUCGCCGGCUUGCAAACCUGCCUCUAUGAGGGCGGGACCAGCCAGGGCCUGGCUGACUGGCCAGGCUCCCUUACUUUUCUUGUCAAUCCAUUCUAGAGAUGAUCAUAGACUAGGCAAAUUAACUAAGCAUCGCUAUAUACAAAGACUUGAGCUAUUAGGUUU